AUGGGAAGGACGAAUCUAACGGACUGGCCGACAAUGGGAAGGAUCCGGCGGCCUUCGCGCGAUGGUUGGUUGCGCGCAGCACUUGGGGAGUACUCAGCACAAUUUCUCGGCACCUUGACGGCUCACCAUUUGGGGACGCCCUACUUUUACCUCACGUCGAUGGAUCCCUCUGCUGCUGACGUGGCAGCAGAUCCUCGCGCCUCAUUGGCUGUCAGCGCCAUGCCUCUAGGCACAUGCGGUGACGCAGACCCUGAAAGCCCGCUCUGUGCCAAGCUGACUCUUUCAGGACAGCUGCACCGUGUGCUCGACCCCGAAGAGCUCUCAUUCGCCGAACACGCCCUCUUCACUCGACACCCCGAGAUGCAGACUUGGCCGAAGGACCACCAUUUUCAAGUGUUCAAGCUUGUCCUCGCUAAUGUCUUCCUCAUUAAUGGCUUUGGUGGACCCAGGCACAUCACUGUAGAACAGUACUACAGUGCAUCGUCUGGCAUUUCUGAUUCAACUCUUACGAGGGGCUAA